UCCUCCAUAACUUCUCAAACUACUUCUAACAAACUCACUCUUCUAUAACCAGAUACCAAUCUUUCUUCUUUCUUAUCCAAUUAAUAUGACUAGAAAAUUAAGCAUCCUCAUUUUAUUUGUAGCUUUUAUGCUUGUUUUCCUCGCAGAAAUCCAGGCUUUAAAGGUGGAAACUCAAGCCUCGCAGCAAAAAAAACAAAAGAACCAACCUGUGUACGGUUCUACCCAAGGUAGCCUCCAUCCUCAAGAGUGCGCUCCGCGCUGCACGAGCCGGUGCUCGGCCACAGCCUACAAGAAGCCAUGCAUGUUCUUCUGCCAGAAGUGUUGCGCAAAGUGCUUGUGCGUGCCCCCGGGCACAUAUGGGAACAAACAACUCUGCCCUUGCUACAAUAACUGGAAGACCAAGAGAGGAGGCCCCAAAUGUCCAUGAUCCUACCCAGCUUACGGCACAAGAUCCAAUUAAAUAACUAAUAUAUGCUUAUAAGAUAGUUUAUUGUUUUUAAUUAAUUGACUCCCUAUGCCAUCGAUAACUUUAUUGUUGUUUUUGGUUUGAAUGUUUCUAGGGAAGCACUACUUAUGUAUAAUUAAUAUAUACGGUUAAUGGUUUAAAGCUUUCUUAGCAUG